GAUUAUUAUACACCGUUUAUCUGCCAAGUGUAGAGUAUAUGGAGUAUCUUGAGAAAUGUGAUGGUAUAGCCAUGUGUGGAUGCAAAACUGCAAUAUCAUCAAUUUGAAAUGUAGGCCUUAAUCGUGUUUUCUCAUAUUAAACGGUAUUUGACAGAUAUAGUUCAAAGUCCGAUGUGCUACCAAGUAUCGAGUAUUUUUAGUAGCAGACCGACGAUUGGAACACUAAAGAUUAUAUAAGAUUUGCGAUAGUAGUUUAUUUCUGAAGAUUUGUGAUAAUGAAUAGAUUAUUGAUGUUUGUAAAAAAUGAAAGCUGGUGAAUGCAAAGCGAAGCAGAGAUUAAAAUGGCAGAAGAAAAUCCACCCGGUGACGAAGAAUUCCAGAUCUUGAGUCGAUGCAGUAGAGAGAGGGUGUAUUUAAGAAUUAAUAGCAAUAGUGCAACACAUACAGAGGAUCAAGAUCGAGAUCAUGAACAUGGUGGUCAGUCACGUGGUAGUUUAAACUCGAGCCUUCAAGAUGAUUCAACUGAUGAAUUAACUCAAGCUUUGGACAUGAUUAUGGAUAGAUCGGGUGACUUCCAUGAUCCUUCUCAUGAAUCAUUCCUAAACAAACCACCAAUCUGUAAGGCUGUGGAACUAGGAGAAUAUUCAACAGUUAGAUCCUUAUUGGAUGCUGGUUUUGAUAUUUCCUCUAAGGACAGUGAUGGAAAUUCACCAUUACAUCUAGCAAUCAGUUUAAAAUUGUACGAAAUCAUGCAAUUGCUACUGAGUCGAAAUUGUCCCCUCGAUACUUGCAAUACAAUAGGAUAUACCCCAUUACACAUGGCU